CGAAAGAGGGGGAGAAAAAAAAGGAAAAGAAAAAAGUUGUGAGACUCGUGGGCGCGUUCCACUCCCUGGGAACUGAUUAAGAGAAUGGUUAUUGGACGUCGGUUCUUGCGACCUAGUUCCAUUCGUGGUACCGCAGCUAGGGUUGGCCAGGGUGGAUCGCAUCCAGUUUUCUGGCGGAUGAGAACAGCAAGAUCGUUAAUAAUAAUUACCGAGGGCGUGGACGGAGACUCCGUGGAAGCAGAAGAAUCAGCGCCAGAAACCAAUUUCACAAAAGAAAGGAAAUACGAGGCCCGGGUGGAAAGGGAGAAGAAAGGGUGAAGAGUCCCACCGGCCAAUAAGCCAUGAAUCCAUUAAUAGGAUGCAAUAUCAGGCUCGUUUUAGCCAGCCGUCCACCAGAUUGAGACAUCGCGCUUGUGGCGGACGUGGUUUGCCUAGUCCGAAGGCCGAACGAGCCGGCGGUGCCUCCAAUUCUGCAUUGACAGCUCCAUUUGCGGUCCCGAUGGGUUUGGUCAGUGGGAGUCCGACGACCGGCUUACAUAGUUAGUUAGCGUAGGGAGCUAUGGCGAGGACGGUGACACGCCGCUGGAAUGGGCCGAGUUCCUGGCCGAGCAAGCAAGGAGAAUAAUCACCGGAUCCCAAGGGAACCCGUUGGAAGGGUAAUUGGAGAACCAGAGAGAAAUCGGGUGGGGUGGGACCGACAGGCCCGCAGUGCCCCGGGAGGUCUUGGGAGAUGAAGCCG